GCAAUGCUUGCUUGCUUACUUUCUGCUUUCGUUGCUUUGCUUCUACGCGCGUCGCCAGUCAAUGGCCUGGUCGGUUAAAUAAUACAAAACACAAUAACAUACGAUACGAACUAUAAGUCGGUAAGCUCGAGUGUUAAGUUUUUAACUAACUGUGACCCAACAAAACUGGGAUGCUUCGGAGAUAUGUGAAAGUGACAUUCGCGUAAAAUCGAAUUCUUUUUUUGUGACAAUAACAAUGUUUCGCGUAGUUUCAAGUGCCGCCACAUAAAUAUUAUAAUGGGAUUUGUGUGCGAGACUGAGGUUCACUAUGUUCGAAGCGGGCUAACCAUGGUUAACUUUAGUUCGUGAUCAACAGUUAGAAUGCAAGACCAGUGCACUGAACUGAAGAGGAAUUUCGAGCGGAGGCCUACGAAAGUGUUAAAGAUAGCUGAGAGUUUUACGAACUUGGACGAAAUCGCGAAGUCAGGUCGUUUCGUCCGUGGCCCGAACUCGCGGGCCGGCAGGAGGUUCCAGGAGAAUGGCGGGCGGAGUAAACGACCGUGUUGUGAUGAAAAUUGUGCGGAGUCAAGUGUUAGUGAUGGUGAGAAAGUAGGUGAUCGCAGAGUGACCGGGUCCUCCUGCACGGCUUUGAGGACCGCAGUCGCCGCGUUGUAUCCCUUCGAUGACUUUAUCCUCGAAAAAAUUGGGACCGGGUUCUUCUCGGAAGUUUUUAAAGUAACCCACAAAACCUCCGGCAAGGUGAUGGUUCUGAAGAUGAACCAGCAGCGCGCCAACCGUCCCAACAUGCUGCGGGAGGUGCAGCUCAUGAACAAACUCAAACAUCCUAAUAUUUUAGGAUUCAUGGGCGUUUGCGUGCACGAGGGUCAACUGCACGCGCUCACGGAGUACAUGGAGGGCGGAUCCCUUGAGCAGUUGAUCCUGAGCAGGCCUCCCGAACCCCUGCCUCAACCCUUGAGGAUAUCCCUGGCAGCCGAUGUUGCUGAGGGCAUGAAGUACCUGCAUUCGUUAGGAGUCUUCCAUAGAGAUCUUACGACUAAGAAUGUAUUAUUAAGAAAACUGCCAGACGGCGAUUAUAUGGCAAUCGUAGCUGACUUCGGUCUCGCAGCGAGAAUACCUCAUCCGGUCAAUGGCUAUAGAUUGCCGAGCGUCGGUUCGCCGUGGUGGAUGUCGCCGGAAUGCCUCCGGGGCCGGUGGUACGACCACCGCUCCGACAUCUUCUCCUACGGCAUCAUAUUGUGCCAACUCAUCGCGAGGGUGGACGCAGAUCCGGACGUUCUCCCUCGCACGGACAACUUCGGCCUUAACUACAUGGCGUUUGUAGAACUGUGCGACGAAGACACCGUGCCAGAGUUCCUGAGGCUCGCAUUCAAUUGCUGCAUCUAUGAAGCCAAAGCGCGGCCGCUAUUCACGGAAAUAGUGAGCAAGCUCGCCGAGGUGAAGGAGGGCCUCGACGACGCCGCGUGGGAGUGCCACACGCCCAACAACUCCUACGACAGCGACUCCGCGGACUCGUCCGGGCCGCGCUCGUGCCCCGGCCUGUCGGCGUGGCGCCGCCCCGGCCGCCUGCGCUCCGAGGGCAGCCCGCACUGCCGCGACUACCGGCUGGCGGCGCACCGCCGCUCGCUGUCCGAGCUGGAGUGGACGUGGCGCGGCGCGGAGCGGGCGCCGCACCGCUCGGCCGGCGCGCUGUCCGCCCCGCCGCCCGCGCCGCCGCGCCUGGCGCGCCUGCUGCGCCUCGCGCACAUCAUGCUGCUGCGCGACGCGCACGCCGCGCCCGCGCCCGCGCGCGCGCUCACCUCCUUCCGCGGCGUGCACAAGAUCCUGGAGCCCGCCGCGCCGCCCGCGCGCAGCGCCUCGGGCGAGCCGCCCGCCUCGCCCGCCGAGCGCGCCGAGCCGCGCGCCGCCUCGCUGCCGCCGUCGCCCACUAGCGCGCGCCGCGCGCCGCGCGACGACCCGCGCGACGAACUGCGACGCCGCGCCUCGUGCGAGAGCGGCAUCUUCAGCGUGGCCACGGAGGAGCCGGCGUCGCUGGGCGCGCUGUGCCCCUGCUCGCUCAUGGGCUGCCACCGCUGCUGGUGGCGGCGCGCCGGGCCGCCGCGCGCGGAGCGGCGCCUGCGCGUCUCGGAGGACGUGGCGUCGCUGGGCUCGGACAGCCUGUACGACGAGCGCGCCGCGCCCGCGCGCUCGGCGCAGAUCGCGCGCAUCGUGGAGUACUUCGAGCGCAAGGGCGAGCAGCGGCGCGCGCAGUACGUGGUGGGCGUGCGCCACCGCGCCGACGACUGCGGCGCGCCCCGCCGCGCGCGCCUGCUGGUGUGCGAGGGCGCCGUGCGCUCCAAGCUGCCGCUGUUCGACAAGAAGUCGUAGCGCCGGCCGCCGCGCGGCGCCGACUGACUCGCGGAGGCGGUUCGCGGACGGGACGUGAGUGGACUCGCGCGAGCUGGACACGACGUUCUAAGUUAAAUGACCACGGUUUAGUUCGGGUGGACGUGAAGCAGACUCGCUUAUGGUUGACUCUACAUAUUUUGUUUUCGGUUGAACUAGAGUACACAAUUUGGCCUAUUCGAUGUAUAACAGAAAUGUAACGCAAAAUUUGGUUAUGUUUGUCAAUGGAGACAUCGGGAUCUGAGAUUUCCCAUCAGGUGUCCCUGUUUACAUAAUAACAUGCAAACCAAUUCUUCAGGACUCUUAUACUGAGCUCCCAGAUGCCCAUGAUGCAAUAUUUAUAGCUAAUGCUGAUGCAUUACUUCUAUAGACUGCUUAAUUUUACUUGGGGAACUUACCCUGAUAUGUCUCCAUAGACCAUAGUCAAAGUAUUAUAAAUCUCAAAUAUUCAUCGCAACGAUGUCGGUGCGACAUAUUCACGUGUUCGGAAUGGACCCUAAACGGAUGUACUUCUUUCAUACUUAAUUUGGUGUUUGUAUUUGUAAAUAAUAGGUUAUAUUCGUUUAAAUAUUUAUAAUUUAUAUACAGUAUUAUAUUACCUAUUACUUGCCAGUUUACGUAAGAUUGUAAAUAUUAUGAUUCGAGUUUAAUAUUUAAGUUCCACUAGAAUCAGUCAUAAUAAUGAAUACAGUGACCUCAACGGAAGUUUUCAACUAAACAAACGUCACAAUUACGUUUGCGUUAAUCUGUCAUAAAAAUAGCAUAGAAAACAGUUUGACAGGUUACCAUUACUCUUUUAACUUGACAACUUAUCCUAAGGUCACUGUACUUUUUUAUUGCAAAUAGUGAAGCAUUUCGAGUACUGAUUUUGUUAUAAGAUAAGUUUUUUUUGUAAUUAUCAUAUUUUCGUCUAGAGAGUUAAUUAUUAGAAAAGAUUAUGUUAUUUACAGUGAGAUGUUAUUACCUCUAAAGUCCGUGUGGCACUGAGCGUUACCAGUCCGAUCUGCCCCGCGGUUGAAUUUUAAUUUACGGUAUGCAGCACACCUAUUCGCACGUGGCCAAAAACGCAGGUUUAAAAACAGUUCAAUCUGACUCUUGAUUCAUUCAUCAUUCAUUAUAGACUCUAAAAAGUAACAAAAAGAUUGUUUAUUUUACAAGGUUAGUGAGAAAAAAUAAACUUGAAUAUCGCCAAUCUUACGGUAAUGCAACACGAGUGAAAGAGAUAACUAUAUGUUGUAGUUACUUGAAAGGUUAAAAUUAUGAGUUUUAAAUGAUGUCUUUGUAAUCCAGUUUUUUUGAUAACUGCUAAUGUCUCAUAUCUUAUAAUACUGCCUUUUUAUUAUUAACAGUUUGCAACCUGCUCAGUUUAUUUAAUUUUUGUACACAGUUGGUUGUUACAUAAUAGUUAGAUACCAUGAUAAAUCAAAACUCAAAGGAACAAUUCCAUUGAUUUAACUUAUAUGUAUUUUUUUAUAUUUUGACAAAAUCCUUGGUGCUUUUGCUAAUAUAGCAUGAGUAAAAGGGACAGAAAUAUUCGUAAAAUUUA